GAUAGGGAGAGAGCUUUUUAGCAUUCUGACAAAAACUGUUUACUUUUCCCGACACAGUAAACGACGAACUCUUCACAUUCCCCAAGACACAUCUCUUUGAGAUUCACAACUACUCUUCUUCCUUCCUUCCUUCCCCCAAAAGAUGCUUCUGUUUUAUAACCGAACCAUGGCGUGUCUUACUCCCGGAGUUCUCUCCAACCUUCUCAAUCUCGCCGCCGGUAACUCACUUUCUUCACCGCCGUUACUCUCCUCCUCACACCGCUCACCACUCCUACAAGUCAUAGAAAUCGUUCCUUGUCUCUCUGACGACCAAUGGCGUAGCGAAGCAUUCUUCGUCAAAGUCUCUGACUCUCUCCACGCCGCUUACGUCGCCGUUUCUGCCGGAGACGACGCUGAUCUCAUACGCUCCGAUGAAAUCCAGCUAGGGCAGUUUGUGUACAUCCUCGGCGGUUUACACAUUGAGAAAGGAUGCCCUGUUCCUGUAAUCCGUGGAUUGAAACCAGUGCCGAAGCGGAGGCUCUGCGUUGGAAACCCUAGUGAUCUUUUUUCUAGCGAUUUGCUUCUUCCUUUUACCCAGACCUCUGUUUCGCCCACGACGACGAAGACGAAGAAGAAGAAUCUUGUUGAGAUGAGGAGGAUGAGUUUGGAUUCCGCGAGAAGGAGUUGUUGGGAUCAGCCUCCUCCUCCUGUGACUCACCGCCGUGACGCCGCUUUGCUUCUUUCUUCCCCACGUCUCAAACCUAAACUGAUCUUGCCUGAUAAGAAUCUGUCAAAGAGUGAGUCCCCAUCAAAGCACCUUAACUGUAACACCCCUGCUUUAAGAAACAGGAAUGUGGUCAAGCCUGUAUCACCUAUAUCAAUGACCAUAUCUCCAAAAGAUGGUAUCAAGUCACCUAUAUUAAAUCACCUUACCUGCGACACCCCUGCGUUAAGAAAUAGAAAUGUGGUCAAGCCUGCAUCACCUAUAUCCAUGACCAUAUCUCCCAAAGAUGGUAUCAAGUCGUUGUCAAAAGCAGUGGCUCCUUCAGUUGAGCUUUUUAAGCUGCCUUCAAGUCACAGGACUUGGUCUGAUCAGAGAAUCUUAUGGAGUGGACUCCCAAAAGCCAUUCAAUUGCUUGGAAAGGAAGUCUCAUCACAUAGGCAAGCAGCAGUUUCGGGAGCAGUAAGUGCAUUGGAGGAAGCAUCUGCCAUGGAGUCUGUUCUACUCAGUUUACAGACCUUUGCCGAGCUGUGUGAUUCUUCCAAGAAAUUAUCUGCGGGACAAGUAGUACGACGGUUCUUGGAGCUUUACCAUAAUACACAGAAUACAGGCAAAGCGGUCCAUCUGUUGCUUACUCAAAAUCGAAACAACGGCUCCUGUAUACUAGCAGCUAAAAGCGGUCCAUCUGUUGCUUACUCAAAGUAAAGAGAAUAGGAGUUUUAGGUCACUACCGCAG